AUGGCUCGUCUUGCAAAAGAUUUAUUUGAUCACGAUGAAGGAAAUGUCGAAACGCAGUUGUUGAAGAGUAAUUAUUUACCGUUGUUACUGGAAGAAUAUCUUACAAAAGCAUCUUUCCUACCAUGCCUAUCAGAAUUCUUUAUCCAUAUUUGUCAUCAUUCACAAAUUAUUCGAUGUGAAGUUCAAAAACUUGGGUGCAUCGAAACUUGUGUCGCACUGAUAAAACAAUUUCGAGAAGAAGAUCUCUUAUCGAUUCAAUCUGAAAAAAAUCGUAUAUCAAUAAGGCAUCUGUUAUGCAAAGAAAUAUUCGACUACUUAUUGUCGUUUAUAAGAGGACCAUUGUCAAAAUCUCAGAUUUUGGUCGUCAAUUCAUUAAAUUAUUUUGUCAACAGUAUUUACGUUGGUGAUGUUGAGUGCUUCGUGAACGACGCUUUCAACGCCUUUUCACAACAUUUGUCGGCAUACGGCGACGAUUUUACAAUACCAUGCUUGGAGAAGAGUGCUAAAAUGUUAAAGAUUGGUAUUGAAUCAAAUCGCAUGUCAGAAGAACAAUAUACAAUCCGGAAAUAUUGCUUUUUCUUGCAUAGUACAGGAUGUGAAAAGCUUUCUUGCUCUGAGAGGGAUAGCGAAUGCAGAGUAUGUCAAUUAGUUUCUCAGAAGCAGUUUGAAGAUUUUACGAUCAGUUUUUUGGGACAUUAUGGCGAAAUCUCAAACCGAACCUUAAAAUAUUUCGAACGCGAUGAGCUACAUCAUGCAACGUUCGAUUGCAUCUUGAAGAAUUGUAUCUCUUCAAUAUUUGCUUUGGCGACUCAACAAGUCCAAAUACAAAAGAGAGAAAACGAAAAAGGUAAAUUGAUUGAAAACACAACUUUUAAGCAUUUGCGUGAAUUAUUAUCUACGUUAGCUUACAGUUCUAAAUUAAACAUUAAUAAAACCAAAAAUUUCGAAGCUUUGAUUGAACUGCGAAAAGCAUUCACUGCAAUUUGCAAUGCAAUUAAAUAUUCGAGCAUUGUCAUUCAAAAAAAUCCUCGCUUUAUGCCACAUUGGAAACAUUGGAAACAUGAGAAAUAUUCACAAAUCGGAUGUGUUGUGCAAAGGCUGCGAAAGCGAAGUAACAAGAAGAUCAGAUUCUUCACGAAACAUGGUGAACAUAUCGAAAUCCUUCCCAGACCAUUAGUGCUUACUAAAUCCAAAGUCAUUGAGAGUGGUAGAGGUGAUGUGGGUUCUGAUUCUGUAUCAGCACCCAGAUUUGAUUUUUAA